UACAGUUCAGUUAGUAACUUAACCAUAAGUUGGAAAAUAUUGAAAUGUUAUAUUUUUUAUGAGUGAGCACACGUGAACCACGUGAAAAUUGUUUGUAAUUUUAAUAAAUAAUUAACACUUUAAAAAUGGGUAAGAAAAAUAAAAGUAAGCAAAAAAUAAGCGGUAGUGAAAAAACUGCGAUGAAAACGGAGAAAAAAAUGAAUUUAAAAAUGAAAAAGGAGUUAGCGGCUAUUGGAGAGGAUGACAUUGAAAAAGUAGUCGCGCAAAUUGAGAGAGAAGAAGCAGCGAGACAAAAAGUCGUGGAAGCGGUUGUCGAUCAACCGUCGAGGCGAGUUAAUUUCACGUUGACGGCUCACCCUUUUAAAGAUGAGCUGGUGAUGCUGGGAGGAGAGUUUCACGAUGGACGUCAAACAACUGUUUAUGGAGACAUGUUUUUUUACAGCUUGAAUAAAAAAACCUGGACUGUAGUAAAGGCGCCUGGAGCUCCACCUCCAAGAUGUGGACAUCAAGCAGUGGCUAUUUCUAGUAACAAAGGUGAACUCUGGGUAUUUGGUGGAGAAUUUUCAAGUCCUUCAGAGUCUCAGUUUUACCACUACAAAGAUUUAUGGGUUUUUAACUUCGGUGAGAAGAAAUGGAAGAAAGUUGCAGUGCCGAAUGGACCUACUUCGAGAAGUGGACACCGAAUGGUUUAUGCGAAGAAACAGCUGUUUGUCUUUGGCGGUUUUCACGACAACACCCGUGACUUCAAGUAUUACAAUGAUUUUUAUAUAUUUGAUUUGACAGCUUACACCUGGCAGAAAGUUGAAAUUACAGGAAUUGUUCCUCCUCCAAGGUCUGGGUGCAUUGUUUUGCCUACUACGGAUAAUAAAAUUUUGAUUUACGGAGGUUACAGUAAGGAAAGAGUUAAAAAGGACGUGGACAAGGGUCAAGUUCACACAGAUAUGUAUGUCCUGAGUCCUCCUAAAGAAGAAAGCAAAGAUCAGAAGUGGAAAUCCGCUCAUGUUAAACAGUCAGGAAUUAAAUUUUCUCCUCGAUGCAGCUCAUCAGCUGUUAUGGUCUCUCCGAAUGUCGCUUAUUUGUUUGGAGGAGUUUACGAUGAUGAGGAUGACGAAGACGAUGAAGAACUUCACGGGACAUUUUUCAAUGAUCUGCUGGCUUUGGACAUCGAGAAACGCCAGUGGAAAAACGUCGUAGUGGCGCCAGAGAAAGAUAAAACUAAGCGAAGACGCAAAAAGGAUGACAUGGAUGUUCAAGAUGUUGAUGCUGAUGACGACGAAGAUGAGGAAGAUACCGAACCAGAACCAGCUAAAGUAGUUAUCGAUGACGGAGUGUUCACAAUGACUCUUGGACCCGCUCCUGUCGCUUCAACAUGUUCCAGAGGAUCAGAAGGACCCAAAGCUCAAACAUUUACUCCUGCUCCGAGAAUAAAUCCUGGGCUUGUUGUCAAAAACAACGUACUCUAUUUGUACGGUGGGUUGUAUGAAGACGGAGACAGACAGUACACUCUGAAUGAUUUCUACAGUUUAGAUCUUCAUAAAUUGAAUGAAUGGCAGACUAUUAUUGCGAAUGAUGUCUCAUCCCAAGUUUGGCUAGACUCAGAGAGCUCCGAGUCUGACAGUGAUAGUGACGAUAGUAGUGAUGAAAGUAUGGAAGUUGAGUAAAAUAUUUUUAUUUAAGUAAUAAAUAAUUUUUUUUUAUACAAAUCUCGGAAUUUUUUCGAGCUCAUAUUGAAGAUGUUUGAUCUAGAAAUAAAUAUUAAUUUUAUUAUU